CUGUCCGCGAGAAGAAGCGUUCGGGACGCUGCGCGAUCACUUCUACGCAAUGGAAACUACUUUCUACGAUGACUCUCUAAACGGCGCUUUCUCUCAGCAUGACAGCGCUGCUUUUGGAUACAACCACAAGGUUCUGAAACACAACAUGACGCUGAAUCUGACCGACCCCGCCGGCAACCUGAAGCCCCACCUGAGGGCCAAAGCCAACGACAUCCUCACCUCCCCCGACGUGGGGCUGCUCAAACUGGCUUCGCCGGAGCUGGAGCGGCUCAUCAUCCAGUCCAGCAACGGCCUGAUCACUACAACGCCGACUCCGACCCAGUUUCUGUGUCCCAGGAACGUGACGGACGAGCAGGAGGGCUUCGCGGAUGGCUUCGUGAGGGCACUGGCCGAGCUGCAUCACCAGCACAUGCCCAACGUCACGUCGGCUCCCCGAACCACCAUCUUUGAGAUUAGCAGUUAUGGGGAUUUUCAGAGACUGGUAACUUCUGCUUGA